AUGACCGCCGCUAAAAGACGCGCAAGCAGUGGCGCCACUAAUAACAAUAGUAACAAUAACAACAACAACAAUGAUACGGAUGAAUAUCAUCAAGCCCAACAACAUCUCCUACAACAUCCACAACAACAAUAUCACAGUACACAACAACGUCAUCAAUACAAUCAUUAUCAGCAGCAGCCUCAACAGCAGUCACAACAAAACCAGUAUCAAUACCAACAACAGCCACAGUAUUUGCAUCAUACGUCGCAUUCACUAUAUCAACAGGAAAACCAUCAGUCGCAUCAUCAACAACAACAAAGCCAACAAAACCAACAACAACGGCAACAUCAAUCAUCAUUGCGUGAUUGUUCGGUGAAAUUGCCUUUGGAUAUUCUAUGGUUACCAAAGUCUGCGAUGCGGCCAGUAGGGCCUGACGCCUCACACACCGACUGCAUAUUGGUUGUUGGUGUUUCCCGUCCGAAAUUAGCUGUAGUCUUUCUAACAGUAAUGUUAGUAUCACUAUUUCUCACCUUUCAUGUCCUCUACGAUAGUGCAGUCUAUAAUAUACAAGCCGCACAAGCCAUUACCGAACAUCAUCGAUUACGUUUGCUGAGCAGCGCUGGCGGUGGUGGUGGCGGUGGUGGUAGUGGCAUUAACAACAACAACCAUUUACCUGAAUUCAUUAAACCCGCUGCGGCAGCAGUGGCAGCAGCAGCAGCAUUAGCCGCAGUGCCCUCCUCGAAUCAGAUUAGUCAUCCAAUGGUGUUUCCAUCGAACCGCGUGCAUUUCCCAAAGACCAGCCGACGAUUGCCACAGGCGCUUAUCAUUGGAGUUCGAAAGUGCGGCACGCGCGCUCUCCUAGAAAUGCUUUACCUGCAUCCUCGCAUACAAAAGGCUGGUGGUGAAGUGCACUUCUUUGAUCGUGAUGAAAACUAUAUGAAGGGUUUGGAGUGGUAUCGGAAGAAAAUGCCGCACUCAUUUCGUGGGCAAAUUACUAUCGAAAAAAGUCCGAGUUACUUCGUAUCGCCAGAGGUGCCGGAACGUGUACGCGCCAUGAAUGCCAGCAUAAAACUUUUGCUCAUUGUACGUGAACCGGUGACGAGGGCCAUUUCUGAUUACACACAAUUGCGAAGCCAUGCGGCAACAGCCACGCUGCCACUAGCCGAUGGACCAGCGAUGCUGCCACCUUCAACGGCGCCCGCUAAGCAUAUCGCAAACACUUAUCAAAGGCGACAAGGCAGGGCAAUUGAAACAGCUGGCUCUGGUUAUGGACCAGGGUCAGGUUAUGCGGCAGCAACGAAUCAGUAUUUCAGAGCCUCGCAGCAUGUGGCGCUAUAUGGCAAAUCGAGUAAUUCCUACGCGGCGGCACAAGUGUAUGAUAAUGCAAUUGACGGUGGAGGUGGCGGUGGCGGCAUAAGUAUUGACGACGAUGGAGGAGGUGUACGAAAUCGUUUUGGCGAUUCCUAUACAACAGCGCCAACGCCCGGUUCGGCGGCUGCUGCAGCACAAAUUGCAAGCAAAACAUUCGAGGAGCUAGCCAUAUUCCCCAAUGGCACGGUGAAUGAGUCCUAUCGCCCACUAACCAUCUCUCUGUAUCAUUUGCAUUUGCAUCGUUGGUUGGAAGUCUUCCCGCGUGAGCAAUUACUCGUUGUCAAUGGUGAUCGAUUAAUUGAGGACCCCGUUUCGCAAUUGAAGCGCAUCGAAACGUUCUUAGGCAUUGAGCAUCGUGUAACCAACAGCCAUUUUUAUUUCAACGAGACAAAGGGUUUCUACUGUUUACGUUACGACAGCGGCGACCGUUGCCUGCGCGAAACAAAAGGACGCAAGCAUCCGCAUGUUGAUCCUGUAGUUGUGUCCAAAUUGCGGAAAUUCUUUGCCGAACACAAUCAGCGAUUCUAUGAAUUGGUUGGCGAAGAUCUUGGCUGGCCGGAGGAGUAAGCAGUGAAGAGGCGAAGAAACAGAUGAAAUUGUAUAUGUCUGUGUAUGCAUGGGUGUAAAAAAUGCAAUUGCAAGACAGACACUUGAAACGGUGCAUCCGUUACACUCACUCACACAUACAUACAUGUAUUCAUGGAGCAGAGCGUUAAGGAGGAUCGCUCACUGCAAAACAAGCGGGGAGUAAAGCAAUGAGAGGAGGGCAUUGGCGACCAACAGUAGCUGUAAUUGAGAAUUAAGGACUGAUGGGAUAACAAAUGUUAAGUUAA